AAAAUUUCGCCGCCACGACCGCCGCACCACGGUUGGCUCCCAGUCAAAGAAACCAUUUCAAAGAUCCAGAGAACCCCAAUUGAAGAUUGGGAAUCUCAAUAGAUGUCUAAGGAUGUGGAGAACCCUGAAGUAUUGGCUACCCAAAAUGACCCAGAAGCAUCUUCUUGCUCUGGUGGCUUCCAGGUAACAUGGUACAAUGUUUUAGUUCAGCAAGCCUCGGUGUAUGGACUAGCCACAGGAUACUGCCUCUCUGCUUCUCUGCUAUCCAUCAUCAACAAAUGGGCUGUUAUGAGAUUUCCAUAUCCAGGGGCAUUAACUGCUUUACAGUACCUAACUAGUGUGGCUGGUGUACUCCUCUGUGGACAGUUGAAAUUCAUAGAGCAUGAUCCACUUGACCUUUUGACCAUGUGGCGGUUUCUACCUGCAGCCAUAAUAUUUUACCUCUCUCUCUUCACCAACAGUGAGCUCCUCCUCCAUGCUAAUGUCGACACUUUCAUUGUCUUCCGUUCAGCUGUUCCUAUUUUUGUUGCAAUAGGAGAGACCCUCUUCUUGCACCAACCAUGGCCAGCAAUGAAGACAUGGAUCUCAUUGGGCACUAUCUUUGGGGGAAGUGUGAUUUAUGUUCUCACAGAUUACCAGUUCACACUCACAGCUUAUUUUUGGGCACUAGCGUACCUGGUAAGCAUGUCUAUAGAUUUUGUUUACAUUAAGCAUGUUGUCAUGACUAUCAGUCUGAAUACAUGGGGUCUUGUACUUUAUAAUAAUCUUGAGGCACUCCUGUUGUUUCCUCUUGAGCUACUUAUAAUGGGGGAACUGAAGAAGAUAAAGCAUGAAAUCUUGUAUGAGUCUGACUGGUACUCUUUUCAAGUAGUCUUGCCAGUGGGGCUGUCAUGUUUGUUUGGCCUGGCCAUCUCUUUCUUUGGGUUCUCUUGCCGGAGAGCAAUCUCUGCAACAGGGUUCACUGUUCUUGGAAUAGUGAACAAGCUGUUAACAGUUGUGAUUAAUUUGGUUAUUUGGGACAAGCAUUCCACUUUCGUGGGGACAAUGGGUCUUUUGAUUUGUAUGUUCGGUGGGGUUAUGUAUCAGCAGUCUACAAGCAAUAAGCCAAAAGCUGGGAAAGAUGCUAAAGCACAGGAGAGUGAGGAAGAACAACAGAAACUGCUUGAAAUGCGAAACCAAACAGAAAGCAAAAGCAAUGAGAAGGAAGUCAUUGAGACAGAGGUAGAGAAGUGAUAGGACUUAUGAAAUGGCAAUAUUCCCGGGUCAUCAUUUUCCUACUAAAGUCAUUCUUGGGUUUGGCAUACAUCUUCUCAACCAAACAAGAUGUGUGCAUAGAAUGUUUUUGUUAAAGAUUCAGGCUCAGGUUGAAUCUUAUAUGGGACAUGGUCCAGCCAGUUAUCCAUUGUCCAAGCAUCUGACAAUAUAAUAGUUUCUGUUUCACAAGAAAUGAAAACCAGGUUUGCUCUAGACUAACGCAUUCUUUUGUCUGCUGUACUGAUGUGGACGUAUUGAUGCAAAGGCUUAUACCGAUGGUGCCUAUGAUGGUGUAGAAUUAGUCCAAACUGCCUUAAUUAGAUCUAGGUAUUCUUUGCCAAUUGCUUUCCUUCCAACAGGACCAUCAAACCAGUUGUUUCUUUUAAUCAGUUAUAAAUUUAUGUUUUUUAA